AAGAACUCUCAUCCAUCACACUUGCCCUGACGUCAUCAGACCAUUCAUGGCUACCAUUCUCAGCUCUGCUCCUCUCUCUGUUCCAUCUACAACAUACUCAAAACCCUCUCCAAGAAUCCCUCUUUUUACAUCUCUGCCACUCCCAUCAUCUUUAUCAUCAUCAUCAUCUUCUUCUUAUGGCGUUACUUCUUCAUUCGUGGUUAGAAAUGAUGCAUCAUUGUCUCCAUCAUCCUCCCCAGUUCAAGCUCUAGCAGAAGAAGCGGUUGAUUCUUCCCCUUUAGCCUCUUCUUCAAAGCUUGUUUUUGUAGUUGGCGGCACUGGUGGUGUCGGGCAACUAGUGGUAGCUUCAUUGCUCAAGAGGAAUAUUAAGUCAAGGCUAUUACUACGUGAUCUUGAGAAAGCUACCAAGUUGUUUGGUAAACAAGAUGAAAAUUCAUUACAGGUAGUCAAAGGGGAUACUAGAAAUGUAGAGGAUCUUGAUCCAUCCAUGUUUGAGGGUGUGACACAUGUGAUUUGUACCACUGGAACUACAGCUUUUCCUUCUCAGAGGUGGAGUGGAGACAACACACCUGAUAAAGUAGAUUGGGAAGGUGUGAGGAAUCUCAUUUCAGCACUGCCCUCAUCAGUGAAAAGAGUUGUUCUGGUUUCAUCAGUAGGUGUCACCAAGCCUGAUGAGCUUCCUUGGAGCAUUAUGAACUUAUUUGGGGUUCUUAAGUACAAGAAGAAGGGUGAAGAUUUUCUUAGGGAGUCUGGUCUUCCAUACACCAUUAUCAGACCAGGUAGAUUAACUGAUGGACCUUACACAUCCUAUGAUCUGAACACUUUACUCAAAGCUACAGCUGGUGAACGGCGUGCUGUUGUCAUUGGUCAAGGAGACAAGCUUGUUGGAGAGGUAAGUAGACUUGUGGUGGCUGAAGCUUGUAUACAGGCACUUGAUAUUGAAUUCACACAAGGAAAAGCUUAUGAGAUCAAUUCAGUUAAGGGAGAUGGUCCAGGAAGUGAUCCGCAGAAAUGGCGAGAGUUGUUUAAAGUUGCAGAAUCCAAAGAAUCCAAAUGAUAGGAGAUGAUACUGAGAAAUGUGUACAGAUAUGGUUAAAUUGUGUAUACACAUAUACUUACUUUUCUUUUGGUCUCAUUGCUGAAAUAACUUUCAUCUAUACAUAAACACGAUCAGUUCAUAUGGGAUACAUGAAGUCAAGAGGCCCUUGAUCGAUGACUAAAUAGAUAUACCUGAUUGACAGUAU